CGUAGCAGCCAGCCAACUUCCUCCUCAACACAGAGCUGCCUCACACACUGACGGUCUGCCUUCGGGACUCGAUACACAGCAUGCCAAGUUACAGAAUCAAACUUUAGGUUCACUUUGGAUUAUGAAUACCGCCUGAAAUCAGCAAUAUUUGAUUGGUUUGGGGACGAAGGCAAUGUCGGCUCAACCUGGAGUCUUUUUUUCCAGCAAAACAAAAACGGCAUUGUCGGUAGAUUUUCGAGAGAUGGCAGAGUAGCAUGAUCUGUGCUAUAAGCACACUGCUAAACGACCGCAAGUCUCUGAAGCGCUUCAAACUCAUGCGAGGUUCACCAUGGCAGACCGCCCCACGCUUCUCCUGGUCUGCAGUCUGAUGCUGCUCCCCUCGUCCACACCGCAAGAUACAGGGAUCGUCAGCAACAGCGAGUGUGUGUGUGAUGGUCAGUCAUGUGAUGGUCGAGGGCGCUGUUUCAGCCAGCAGUGCUUCUCUUCCCUCUCCUUCCACAACGGGAAUCUGCUCCAGGAGAAAGGGUGCAUUGUGGGUAGCGGUCAAGGGCCCAUAAGCUGCACAAACCACCCUUCCCCGGACCUGGUGGUAGAAUGCUGCCACGGCGACCUCUGUAACCAGAAUGUCACCAUGGAAACCCCAACGAGAGACGAGGGCGCCCCCCCCGGCCGGCCGGUCUUGACGGAGCAGGAGUGUGUGUGUGAGGGUGGGCGUUGCCACGGCGCCCAGCGCUGCCUGGGGCAGCAGUGCUUCUCCUCUCUGAACACGACGGAGGGCGGGGCCACGGCGGGGGGCGGGGCCACGCUGCUCCAGAGGGGCUGUCUGAGGGCCGACGCCCACGCAGCCGCCUUCUGCGCCACGCCCCCCUCGCCACGCUACGCUGUCAGCUGCUGCCAGGGUCACCUGUGUAACAUGAACAUCACUGGGGAGAGCUCCAGCAAAGGGGAGGAAGUGAGGCCGGUGGUGCGAGAGCAGGAGUGUGUGUGUGAGGGCAGCUCCUGUGGGAGCAGCCAGCGCUGUGUGGGACACCAGUGCUUCUCCAGCCUGACGCUGAACGCAGGCAUCCUGGUGUACCAGAAGGGCUGCUUCAAGGUCUACGAGCAGAGCAGGCUGACCUGCAAGACCCCCCCCUCCCGCGACCAGAUCGUCGAGUGUUGCCACGGCCACCUGUGCAAUAUAAACAUCUCGGUGGCGCUUCCCGUCCAAGCGAGCGACGUGCCCAGCUACAGUGUGAGCACCCUGGCCGUGGUGAUCGCGGCGCCCAUCCUGGUGCUCAUGGUGCUGUCAGCCGCGGCCAUGCUGGUGUUCAGACGGAUCCACCAGCACCAGAUGGAGAGACUGACGGCCCGCGACGCCGAGUACGGCACCAUCGACGGGCUGAUCGCCUCCAACGUGGGAGAGAGUACCCUGGCUGAUCUGCUGGAUCACUCCUGCACAUCAGGAAGUGGCUCAGGGCUUCCGUUCCUCGUCCAGAGAACCGUCGCCCGACAAAUCACCCUCAACGAGUGUGUGGGUAAGGGGCGCUACGGGGAGGUGUGGAGGGGCCUGUGGCAGGGGGAGAGUGUGGCUGUGAAGAUCUUCUCCUCCAGAGACGAGAAGUCCUGGUUCAGAGAGACUGAGAUCUACAACACCGUCCUACUCAGGCACGAGAACAUCCUGGGCUUCAUUGCGUCUGACAUGACCUCCCGUAACUCCAGCACGCAGCUGUGGCUCAUCACCCACUUCCAUGAGAUGGGCUCCCUGUAUGACUACCUCCAGCUCAGCACCCUGGACACUUCGGGCUGCCUGCGCAUGGCCCUGUCCAUUGCCAGUGGCCUGGCUCACCUGCACGUGGAGAUCUUUGGCACCCAGGGCAAGCCUGCCAUCGCACACAGAGAUCUGAAGAGCAAAAACAUCCUGGUUAACAAGAACGGCCAGUGCUGCAUCGCUGACCUGGGUUUGGCUGUGAUGCAUUUCCAGGACACCAACGAGCUAGAUGUUGGUAACAACCCCAAGGUGGGCACCAAGCGCUACAUGGCUCCUGAGGUGCUGGAUGACUCCAUCCAGAUGGACUGCUUCGAGUCCUUCAAGAGGGUGGAUGUCUGGGCCCUGGGCCUGGUACUGUGGGAGGUCGCCCGGAGAACCGUCAGCAACGGCAUUGUGGAGGACUACAAGCCCCCCUUCCACGACGCGGUCCCCAGCGACCCCAGCUUUGAGGACAUGAAGAAGGUGAUCUGUGUCGACCAGCAGCGACCCAACAUCCCCAACCGCUGGUUCUCUGAUCCGACUUUAACUUCCAUCGCUAAACUCAUGAAGGAGUGCUGGUUUCAGAACCCGUCAGCCAGGCUAACAGCACUGCGCAUCAAAAAGACUCUGACAAAGAUCGACAACUCUCUGGACAAAAUCAAAGUGGAUUGCUGACUCUUUCCUGAGGGGGAACCAUGCUGAAGGCCUUUAAGAUGUUCCCUCAGGGGGAACCAUGCUGAAGGCCUUUAAGAUGUUCCCUCAGGGGGAACCAUGCUGAAGGCCUCUAAGAUGUUCCCUCAGGGGGAACCAUGCUGAAGGCCUUUAAGAUGUUCCCUCAGGGGGAACCAUACUGAAGGCCUUUAAGAUGUUCCCUCAGGGGGAACCAUGCUGAAGGCCUUUAAGAUGUUGCCUGAGGUAGACAGAGGAAACAAGGAACUGGGAUGGGGUCAGUGCCCUUAUAGCGGCACAUGGUAUUUAUUUGAAACACUUUGCGGGACACAUUUUGGCAUCCAAAGAUGGUUUCCAGGUCAUUUCUCAGCCAUGGUCAGAGAUGGGAGAUCCCUUUACAGAUAAAAGCUGAACCAAUGGAACGCGUUCAUCAAGGAAGAAACUGUUACUUUGGAUCUUGAGUAUAUCGCUUUUGUAUAGAACUGCAGGAGUAUUGACUUUUUAGUUUAAAACAUUUCUGAACACAUUUCAUUUAUCAACAUCAUCUGUGCUUCAUCUCCCUUAAUGCACUAGCAGUCUUCCCAUUCCUUACUGGCACUGCAUAGGAGGCAUUUGGGAAACAAAUACAACUUGCCAAAAACAAUUAGCUUUUUUUGUUUUAUACACAAACUCUAUUUCUUAACUGUUGUUGGAAAGCAUUGAAAAGGGAGUGUUAUGGUUUACUUUGCAUCUCGUGCACCGUUGUUUACAUGUUGUUGGAACAAGUCUUUUGGUAAUUCAUCAAACCUGUAACUUAUUUAGCUACUGAGUAAUAGAACUACAAUUAUAGUCACUUUUAUCUUCCUGCUGAGGUGCGGUCUAACCUACUCCUGUUGCAUAAACUUUGUAUAUUACCGUACAUUUUACAUUACAUUACUACGUACCUGUCUAUUAUUUGCUCCAUCAGCUUUAUCCAGACAAAUGCUAAGAGAACAAAUAAAAUAUUAACUUAGAUGA